AUGGAUGCCGAACUAAAUCUUAUUGACAAAGUAGAACUUCGGAUCACGUUAGCCUCCAGUAAUGAGAGCUUCGAAAAAAACUUGGCGGUUUUCCUCCCGCCAUUGAUCCUCAAACUUUCCUCAAAGUUUCGGGAGGUCAGAACCAAGAUUCUUAAAUUUUUGGGUCACUUGAUGAUCAGAAUCAAUAGCUCGGAAGAUAUACUGUUGCCAAUCGAGAAGCUAUUGGACCAAGCUAAAUCCCCCGUGGGGCUUCCUGAGUCCGGAGUUGUUGAUUCCGCCACAAUUGAUAAUUUCAAUCAGGUCAAGUUAUAUUCUUACUUGUUUGUCUGCAAAGGUUUAGAACGGGAAUCAGAUGAAUCAAAGUUCCUAAGUUAUAUUCCAUUGACUAUAGAAUGUCUUGAGAAACAGCUUGGUAUUUCAAAACUUCGUCUGUCGUCAAGUAAUGGCAUGGUUACUUCUAGAUGUUUCAAUGUGCUUUUGAAGUUAUUUGGUAGAAUCGGAGAAAAGACUUGGAAGAAUCUCCAAACAUCCAAAAUCAAAAUCAGCGAUUCAUUAGUUUAUAACAAUAGCGGUGGAUUCACCAAGGAUUUCUUGAAAUUGAACUCAAACUUGGAGUCAUGUACUUUCAUACUAGAUCAAUUUUCCAAAUUAUUCUUAUUGUUACCAACACCAAAUACCUCAGCCAACAACGAUGGCCCAUUACAGUUUUAUUUCUGCCCUGGGUUGACCAAUGAUGAGGUUAAAUUCUUGACAUACGAUGCCGGUAGUACAUUUAAUUAUCAAUCACUUUUGGACCUAAGAAUCAAAAUACUAUUAUUCUUGCAAUUGAUAGAUUUUGAAGUCUUCAAUGAAACGCAAUCUUUUGAGAAAAUUGAGUCUUUACGAUUUUUGUUGCUUAGUUUCGCUGGCUGUGAUAAUAGCUCUAAUAUAAAUAGCCUUGCUUCAAGCUUAUUGAGAAGAAUCCCUCAUAUCACUAGUGAAAGCAGUUUAUUAAACAAUGAUUUUCUUAUCAACAAGUGCACAGAGUAUUACGGUGGUGAUGAUUCCAGAAAGCCAGUUCCCGUCUUGAUUCAAGAAUGCAUUCUUUCGUCUGUUUUUUGCAAAAGCAAAGAAUCAUUGAAUCUUCCUGAUAAUGUGCUAGUUGAAAUUGUCACUAAAGGGUUCCAAGCAUCUUCCAGUAAUACUACCCAAGGCAACUACCAUUUGAAGCUCAAAAAAUCAUCUUUGGUGUUUAGCAAAUAUAUUGCAAACUCGUCUACUUCAACCAAGCAUCAAUUCAUAUUAACUAUCACAGCUACUAUAAUGAACGGUAUUUUAGAAGACGGAUGGCCUCGUAUGCAAGUCUCUGCCGCCAAUACCCCAGCUGUGAGAUUGUCAUUGAUCACUCAAAUCAGAAGAUUACAGUAUGAGACGCUUUCGGAUUUAAUUUCUAGUGAUCCUAGUUUAUUAAUUCACUCUGAAUCCGAUGAAGAUUUGAAAUAUUUGAAAUUCUUUUUCAAUUCCUUGAAAGGUGAGGAACCUGACAAUAUAUCUAUUGUCCAAGAUUCAUUGGGAAAAUUAAUCAACAAAUUUGCCGCAAAGUUCAAUGAGCUUAAUGGAAUCACCAAGAGUGAACUAGGUGCCAGAUUGAAAGCCUUUUUUAAAGAUUUGUUGGCAAGAGAUAUGGACUCCACUAUUUUGGACGGUGAUGAUGAUAUUAUCAUGGCCAAUACGGAACAUAGCAGAAGCAUUUCUUCUUCAACCUCUGCUUUUAGGUAUUUGUCUCUAAAGUUCAUAAAUGCUUUGUUUGAUUAUGAUGAUGUUGAGGCUAGAUUUUUGAAUCUCUAUGGUACCUAUGCUCACAAUAGAUACGAUGUUAUUGAAGUAGCCCAGAAGGGCUUGAAUCCUUAUUGGUUCAAUAUAAAUAAAUCAUCUCUAAAUAUUUAUAGCUCGGAAACUGAUGGAGAAAAAACAACAAGAGAAUUAUUGGGUAUGAACACAAUUGAAAAUUUGAAUUUCCCAACUUUCAAAAAAUUGAUCAAACAAUUGAAAACUGAACUUUUAUUUUUGCAAAAACAUCCAAAUACCAGUUUGUUAAUCGAUAUUCUUUACCCAGCAUUUGAGUAUCUUUUGAAAAUUUUAGUGACUGAGUCAGUUCAUAAUUCUGGGAAAUCCGGUACAGUUCUCACUAUUGAUGAAGAUUGGGACUUCAGAACCAUGAAAGCCUUAGAAUUAGAUGAUAAGGUAAGAUAUUUACUUGUUACUUAUUUAGGUGGUGACGCUUCGAGCGACUCGAUUAUUUUCUAUUUGCAGAUGGUCGCAGAUUGUUAUUUUAGCAGAAAUAAUUUGAUUGAUAACACCAAAUUUUCAAGAAUUGGAGAAUUUGUGAUUAAUGAUGGUAGCUCACCUAUUAAUAUUCAAUCUUUCAAUCAAGUCUACACUAAUAUUGCACGAUAUGGUAAUAUUUUUAAUAAUUUGAUCUCAUUAUGCAGUGCCAACAUCCUAUCACAAAUCUCCUACAUGCAAGGGGAAGAUCCUCUUAGUGCUAAUUUGAUGAUGAAUUUGAUCAGUAUCAAUAUCAAGGAUUUGAAGAAAGAGAAGUACAACAAGACUUUUUUCGCGAGAUUAAUUCAAGAACAGAGCUUGGGUACGCUUGCAAAGACCAUUGGUAUUUUGAUUUCCUCCACAUCAAGCGUUUUUAAAUCAGACGUUUCCAAUUUGUUACAGCCGUUAACGGAGGAUGUGGUAAAUGAUAAUAAUUUCAACGACUUUGUUAUCUCUCGUCUUGUCAUUGCUGCGAGUAUUUUGGGAAGAUCCACUUUCACCAAUAACACCUCUUUGGACAAUAUUGUGGGAGUUGAGGAGGCUGUGAAGUUCUUACAUGUGUUUUAUCAUAAGUUGAAACAAAACUAUGACAACAAGAACUGGAGACAUUUUGAAGCGUCAUUAGACGCCCUCAAUGAUUUAUGCAGAUACGGAGCAAUUAAUAUCAAUAACGCUGAAAUUAGGGACACUAUUAAUAACAUUCAAUCAUUGGUUGAAUUGAAGGUCAAGAAGUGCGAUGAGAAAUCUGUGCUUUCUUGGGCCUACUUGUCAUUGGUGUCUCAAGAAUUUAAUGAAAGUGCUGACAAAUAUAUUCAAAUACUUUAUGACACCCAUAUCUCCAAACAAGUUGAAUAUUUAUUUGCCAGUGGUGAGGCCUUGACAAUUCUAGCUUGUGGAUGGGACUCGAAAGUUUUGAUUAAAUCCUUUGAUAUUCAAGGAUAUUCAUUGCCAAGAGGUAGAUUUAUGAACGAGUCCUCAGAAUCAUCAAAGCUUGAUACCGUUUUAAAAACUGUUUUGAAAGGUUGCGCCAACACCAAGCCUUCUUUACGUAAAGCUUGCUGUAUUUGGUUAUUGUCAUUAGUCCAAUAUUGUGGACAUUUGCCAGUUAUCAAGGCCAAUGCAAAAGAAAUUCAUGUUGCUUUUAUGAGAUACUUGGCGAGUAGUGAUGAUAUCGUCCAAGAGGCUGCUUCGACUGGUUUAGGCUUGAUUUAUGAAAUGGGUGAUUUCGAUUUGAAGGAAUCUUUGGUCAAAGGUUUAAUGAAGUCAUUUACUGGAUCUGCAAGCUCUGUUAAAUUGACUGCAGGUACCAUUAGUGAAGACACUGAGUUGUUCGAACCGGGUAUAUUGAAUACUCCUGAUGGAUCGAUUUCUACUUAUAAAGAUAUUUUGAAUUUGGCCACUGAUAUGGGCGAUCCAAGCUUAGUAUAUAAAUUUAUGUCAUUAACUAAAAGCUCGGCACUUUGGGCUUCAAGAAAAGGUGUUGCAUUUGGAUUGAGUAAUAUUAUGUCGAAAUCUAAUUUGGAAAACAUGUUGCAAUCGAACGAUGAAUUGGCUAAACGAUUGGUUGUGAAGCUAUACAGAUACAGAUUUGAUCCUAAUGAGAACGUUUCUCGUUCCAUGAAUGAUAUAUGGAACAUUUUGGUCCCUAACAGCUCAAAGAUUAUUGAAUUGAACUCCGAUGCUAUCUUGAAAGAAUUAUUGGCUUCCAUUGGUAACAGAGAAUGGAGAACUAGACAAGCCACCACAACCGCCAUGAUUGAUCUAUUACAGAUUAUUCCGGUGGAGAAGUACCAAAAUAAUUUGGAGGAUAUCUGGACUAUGGCAUUUAGAUCCAUUGAUGAUAUUAAGGAAUCAGUCAGAGAAUCAGGGACAAAGCUUACCAAAUACUUAUCCAACAGUUUGAUCAAAUCAAUUGAAAAUAGCCAUACUUCAUCCAAAAAUUACGAGAAAAUAUUGGGUAAGCUAAUUCCAUUCUUGAUUGGUACAAAAGGGGUUCUUAGCUCGGUCGAUGAGGUCAGAAGUUUCUCGAUGAAAAUUAUUAUCAAAUUAUGUAUGAAAGCGGGAGACUCCCUAAAACCAUUUAUUCCUGGUUUAGUCGAAGAACUUUUGGUGUUGAUGUCUACUUUGGAACCUCAAAUUGUGAACUAUUUGGCAUUGAAUGCUGACAAAUACAAUCUCAAAUCUUCUGACAUUGAUGCCAAAAGAUUGAAUAGUGUUGGUCAUUCUCCAGUCAUGGAAGCUAUUGAAAGAAUGAUGGAUUUGUUAAUUGAUGAUGAUUUAAUCAAAGAAUUCAUCAAUAAAUUGAACUCUGCCAUCAAAAGAUCAGUAGGAUUACCUUCCAAGGUUGCUGGAAGUAAAGUUAUUGUUACCUUGGUGGUGAAACAUUUACCAAUUCUUAAAGAGUCUCACGCCUCAGUGUUGAUGAAAACCUGUACUAACCAAUUGAGUGAUCGAAAUGAAACCGUGGCUUUUGCAUACGCCUACGCUGCUGGUCAUUUGUGCAGAGUGGCGAAAAUCAAAACUAUUUUGAAUUAUGGGAACUUCUUAAAGGACCUCUAUUUUGAUUAUAAAGAUGAUAAGGACCGGAAAAUUGCUGCUUUUGGGUGUGAGGCCAUCGCAAAAUACUCUACCGACAAUUUCAACAAAGUUUCCAGUUUUUUCUUACCGCUCGCGUUCGUUUGUCAACAUGAUGAUGUUAAAGAAAUUUCCGAGAUUUUCAAAACCGUGUGGACCGAAAACACCGGAGGAAAAUCAGCCGUCAAAUUGUAUAUUGAUGAAAUUGCCGAAAUUGUGUCUACUCACUUACAAUCCCAGCAGUAUUUAAUCAGACAAGUUUGUGCUAAAGCCAUUGCUCAGGCUUGUAUUUUAAUGAGUGGUUCUGCAAUUGAUGGGAAGAUUAUUGGGUUGAACGAUGCAAUGGUGGAUAAAUUGUUCACGAUCUUAAUCGAGGCUUGUAAAGGCAGAGGUUGGAAAGGUAAAGAGAUCAUUUUAGAUGCAUUAGUUACGUUCACCGAAAACUUCAAAAGUGGCGCGAGAUCGUCCUUCCCAUGGUACGAAAAGAUUGAAAAAAUCUUGUUACAGGAAGCCAAGAGGCGCGGGAAAAAUCAAAUCCAGUCCUUGAAAUCUUUGGGCAAAUUGGUUUCAAUCUUUCCUAGUACAGAACUCUACAAUCAAGAAAUUGAAUUGAUCAGGCCAUAUUUCUAUGAUUCCUAUUACGAAAAUUCAGACAGUAGUGAUGAUGAUGAUGAAGAAGAAGAAGAAGAAGAAGAAGAAUCUUCUAAUAAGAAGAUCAAGACUGAGAAACAAUACUCCAAGUCUUCUGCAAUCAAUUUACAAAGAGAGGCAGUUCUUAUUCUGUUGAUCAGCACCUUAUGCAAUAGUUUCAGCAUCAUUGAUUCGACAAAUGGUACUAUUCCAUUGAAUUUGAUCAAAGCAUAUUUUACGGAGAUCGCUCCCCAAGUUUUCAAUUUGGCGCACGUUACCCCAACAUGGAGGACCAAAAUUGCCAUUUGUGAGAACACUGGUAUUCUCAUUGACAAAAUCGUCAGUCACAAUGAUGAGGGCUCACUAACGGGAAAAAUUUAUUUACCAAAAGAAGAUUUGCGGGGAUUUUAUCAAGUGAUAAAGGCCCAAGGAUUGGGAGAUGGGGAUAUUGAAAAUGUUAGAAUUCUGGCAGUAAGAAUUACUGGUAAGAUGUUACAGGUCAGUGGUAAUGAUGGAUUCAAGAAGCAGGUAGUGAGUGAUUUGCAGAGUUUACACGAUAGUGAUUCAUCAAGUAUAAUCAAGGUAGAAGUAUUGAAUGUCUUAAAUUUAUAA